CGCAUACAAGCAGCCUCCAGCUUCAUUGCCUUGAUCCAUCUUCGUACCUCCGUCAUCGGGGCUGCGGAACAUGACAGAUACGGUGGGCGCUCACCCUCUGCUGCUCCACCUCGAACCACCGCCGGGCGCUCCUUCAAGCAGCCGGCUACCUCCUUCGCCUCGUGAAGCUCCCCUCUCAGAGCGGCUCUUGCGCCUCUGGACCGAACGAGGCGACUUCUCCAAGUUCUCGAUAGACCAGCUCAACGACGAACUUGAUGCUCCAGCAAAAGAAGGCGAAGCAAAGGCCUCUGAUAGUGUGGCGAUCGGAUGGGGACCAGAUGGGGAAGAGUCGUAUGGCAAGCUCGCGGCAGAGCAGGACCACAAGGGAAAGGCCAAGGAGGUCGAUACUUCGCCAAUGACAAUGGAAGAGUUCGUACAGCUCAAGGAAGAUAUCAUGGGAAGACUGCAAAUCGCUCAACAAUCGCUGUACUCCUCCCAGGCCCUCGUAUCUCUCCUGGUAGCUUCCCAUAAGUCCAAAGGAGCCCAGCAAAACCUCGCUCUCGACUCGGCAUCUGUAGCCGCAACUCGUCCGGGAUCCAUUGCCGCCUCAAGGGCCGAGUCCCCAGCUCCCUCGAAUGCUUCCGCAGGUGUUGGCGGGGAGAAGCGUCACCCUGCUGGUAGCGCAGCUGCUGUAGAGGCGGAAUUUGGUUUGGACCCAUACUCGAUCGCUUUGACUUCGAUAGAGAGAUCAAACAUCAAGAAUGAGAGCUUGCACCAGCCGAGCGAGGAGCGAACGGGCGGAGGGGACCUCAAGAGCAGGAGGAAGCUAAUCACCUUGCCUGAAUUCGAGCAUGAAGCGGAGAGGGACGAGUACACAGAGGGACGGCGUACAGCUCUCGCCCACAAGCGGCAGAGUAUGGCAAGAGCCAUCGACAUCCUCAGGGCUGGCGCUCAGAGGCUAGGUGGGGAGACCACCUCGGCAGAGGUGCUGCAGCCGGGGCAGAUCAGCGAGAUCGAAUCUGCGCCGGCAAGCUCGAAGCGAAGUGCAACUGAUUCAGCGCAACGAUGGAGAGCACUACGUCAGGCGCAGUCCAACGGCUGGGGCAUCACUCCUGGUCGACCAGGACGGUCUGCCUUUGGCGCAAGAAUGCGGCUCGACGAAGGAGAGCAAGAUGCCUGGAUCGGGUUCGGCAUCCCUGAGUCGAAGCCUCAGUACCGACGCACUGCUCUGGCUUACCUCCGUCGUGAUAUGCCUACAGAUACAGGGUCCGCGACCGGUUCAGACAAGACAAAGCGUGAUGGGGAUUUGCUCGUCUUUGCCUCGAGACUGAAGAAGAGACUACGUGUAGCAUUCGUCUUUCAAAGCGGUGAGCGCGGGGACGAGGAGAUCAGCAUCAUGUCAGAGCCACUGCGAGCACACCAGGAAGACGGAGAGUCUGAGACCAUCGACGACAGUCUCCGAUCUGCACAAGCCGAGCUGGCCGAUCGCGAGCUCUUCGACGAGGUCGUUGCCGAGGCCCGGAUCCUGUCAAGUCAGGGUGCGGUGAACAGUCUCCACACGGACGAAUCGGUGACCAUCAACAUCGGUCCGACAAUGCGACUCGUGUUCCAAAUGGUCGAGGCUGAUGUUGGUGGGACUGAGACCGCCACUGGAUCAGGAGGUGUGGAUGAAAAUGUCAGAAAGGAUGUUGGCAAGACGAGUAGCGACACCUCCGCUCUGCUCUCCCUUGUCAUUGCCUACCUCAAGCUCUCCUUAGUCAAACGAUAUCAGUCCAGGGCCGAUGCCGUGCUCGCAAAGGAGACCAAGCCGAGUUCAGGUACACGUCCAGCAGGCACUACUGGCGCAGCAGCAGCGGCUUCGAACAAGGGUGAUGCAACGGAUCCCACCGGUCCAACGAAGGCCAAAGUCGCACCAGCCGUCUCGGACGCAAGCACCAAGCCUGCCGCCACCGCCCCCGUCGAUCCGUGGGAACAAGCCUCCUUCCUCCUCCCUCUCUUGGCGCUACUCCACUACCUCUCUUUCACUUCACAGGUUCGCCAGAUCCUCUCCAGCAACGGGACUUCCUCACAACAGCCGCAGAAGAGCGACUCGUACUCCUUCGACGCGUUCCAGUCUCUCCCUUCUCCCGCUCGCUGGCUGAACGCCUUCCUGUAUGGAUCGCCCAAAGAGGUCAAGGGUGCCAUGCGUUCCCUCAGUGGCAGCGGAACCAUCUUCAGCAGCCAGAACAGCGAGAAUGCAGAGAAGACCGUGUUGCUAGAAGUGACGUGUAGGUACCCUGAUGAAUUGAGCAUUCAUCUGCCUCUGAGGAGGAGGGUGGACGGAGCGCUGGGCGUCACGUUGGGUCGGAUUGGGCUGGGAGAGUUGCGAGAGAUUGUCAAGGAAAUCUCAGAGGAAAAGUGAAGAAAGUCGUCUUCAUUGUAUGCAGAUACAAGUACAAUUUCAUUCGUUAUUCUUCAAUUCGUCUCCCCAUCUUCAGCUUCACUCCCCGCACCGUCACCCUCUGCUUUCUUCCUCUUUCUGUCCUUUUUCUUCUUCCACCAGCCCUUUUCCUUCUCUUCAGCCUUGCGCGCCUCCUCCUGCUCUGCCUGUAGCAGCAUCCGGGAGACAUUCGAGGGGAGGGAAGAGGUAGAGAGGCCCUGCAGUCGGCCUGUACCCUCGGCUGGCUCGUCCUCACUUUCUU